CAUGUCUCCCUUCAUUUCAACACCAAUGCAUGCAACAUGGCGGUUUCUAAUUUUCAAAUCUUUUGUGCUGUCACCGUAGUGGCAGUAGCCACAUUCAUUAAUUUACCAGCCCCUCGUUUCUCUCAAAGGCUACAGGAGUGGAGAAAUAUGGGGCAAUAUUUUAAUUACAGAGGCAACGCCAUAUUUUACCAAGGUGAGCCCAUGAAUAAGCUUUUAUUGGCGCGAAAUCGAUUGAUUUGCAUAUGAGUUUUGAAUUUUUAAUCUAAAGAGAUUUAGGAACCCCAUUUUUGUUGAUAACAGUGAGCAAAACGAGGUGUAUUUCAGAACAUCAAUUGCAGAAGCUUGCCAACAUCGAUCACAAAACCUUCUUUGUUUGAAUAAUUUGUUAUGCAUUGCAUGCAAUUCUUGGUUUACAACCACGUGACAAGGCGGCCAUGUUAGGGGUCAAUAAAACCGAAUUUUUUCUCGAAGAAUUUACAUGAAAAUACAGUUUAGUUCCCAGAGGAGAGAAAGGCUUUUGUUUUUGACCACCAACAUGGCUGCCGUGACAUCACAUGCAAACCAGCAAUCAAUAAAAGCAGAUAUGGCCUUUUAGGUUACGCUUCAACAGCUCAUGUCUUAGUCGCCAGGUUUUUGAUGCUGAGUAUAAAUUUGCUUUCAGAUUUUAGAGGUUACAAACAGGAUGAAGAAAGCGUUGUUCUUUGUAUUCAUGGAUUUCCUACCAGUAACUAUGACUGGUCAAAGGUGGGCGGUCCUCUCUGUCUUUAUGAACCAGUCAAUUCCUAAUCCCCGCCCCCCCCUGAUAUUUGACUGGGGUCUUUUUCUGUACAGCAGGGAAUUUGCUCCAAAAUGAGGCCCGCCCAGUCAGGCAUUUGACUUUCAUUUUCAAAAUGCUGAUCAGCAUUGCAAGCAAAAUGAUUUUUUAAUUUUUUCUUGAAGGUCAUUGCUCCUAUAUUCACUGUUUUGCUGGAGCAUUUGAGAGCCUUUGAAAAAGCCCAGUAAAUGUCGGCUUUGUGGAAUGAACAAUUUUAAAGGAGGAUAUUGCCAUCUUCCCAUCGUGCAUUGUGGUCAAACUAUAUUAUCAGACGGCUGAAUUCCAGUGUGACUCAUUUCAAAGUGUUGCCACGGAAGCAACACAUUAGAGCACAAGAGAGAUUCAUAAAAUGAUUCUAGAAAUCCAGUAAACUCCGAUAACUGUAUCGAUUGUAUGAUGCAACAGAUGCCCUUCUCAGGCCUAAGAUUUUGUUUGCUGUUUAAAUAUCUAAUCAAUAUUUUUUGACUGUAUGUAAAUAAAAGCUUACUGAUAAACCCUUUUACAUAUGAAUAAAAUGAAUUGAUACAUGGGAAAAUUUUUGAAUAGUCGCAGGUGGGUGGGGGAUUUGAUGCUUUUUGAAGCACUAGCCGGUGGGCAUUUGACCAUCUGCAAAUAUAUNGAGAGUGUGUGGUCGCGUGGUGGUGCGAGAUGUUUGUCGUGUUACUGCUGAUUUAGUGAUAAGGAGCCGAGUGAGGAGAGAUGUGGGGGGGGGGGGGGGGGGGGGGGGGGGGGGGUGGGGGAGGGGGAAUAGGACAUGCUCGGAAUAGACCUUAUAAUAUUCUUGAUACCCGCCAUCUUUGUGAGCACUUUAGGAUUGAUUGAGACAAAAGCGAUGUAAUGUGUUAUUUCUGGGGGCAAACAAGUGGUAAAAUCUGCCAAUACAUCAUUGGGUAAUUUGAGGUUGAGUUCGUUUCCUCUCUCUUAAAAAAAAGUCCUAAAAUAAAAGAUAAUUUAUGCUUUUCCAAACCUAGCAAAUAUAGUGAGUAACCACUUCUAUCGGUCGGGUUUGACAAAAACUUGAAUAUCAGCUUUUCUUUAGGACUGGCAGCUUUAAAAUUUUGCUUGCUAAAAGGAUAAGCUUUGCCUUGCCCAUCAGGCAUGUGAGCAUGCCAAGCUGUGCCCGACAGGGAUUUACUUGAGAAUGCUUCUGUUUAUUUGCUCUAAAAAUACAUUUGGAAUUAUAAGUUUGCAUGAUAUUGAUUUAUAUUAUUAAUGACUGGUCCCAAGGGAAACAGUAAUUUGUUUGCCGAGAGUCUCAAUGUUUCCCAAAGGGCCAAUCUUGAAGUGAUUUGUUUCAUAGCUGGAAAUUUUGUUGCUGGAAUUCAUUAAAUCUUGCUGUAAUAUGGCAGUUGUUGGUCAACAUUCGCGGGUAACAGUGCACUGUUACCCUCUGACAUCAUAAAUUUUGCAAUGUUGCCUGCACAGAGAUUUUGGUGAGAAACAGUUUCAUUGUUAGAUGUCAUGUGACCUCGAGAUAACCAAUGAGAGUGCCCGCUGCUGGGAAGAAAUUUCCAGCUAUAUAGCAAUAUGUUAUUGCUCUCUUUGCUUGAAAUUGGAAUUAUUGAAGAGUUAAAAUUGUGGAAACAAGAUAUCUAGUCAAUGUCACGAAUUUUAGGUCUUUGAAGAUUUUUGUACAUCAGCAAUGAUGCAGGAUGCUGAAGUAACAUAAGCAAUGAUUUUAGUGAAACAAAAUGAAUUUAAAUUAGGAGUUAGGUCAUGCCUUUUCAAUAUUUGUAUAUAUCUGAAAGAGUUAUGCUGAAUGGCACUUUGAGGUUACUGGUUAACUUCUUGGAAGCAUGACAAUAGGUACGUUCCUGUAAAUGAGCCCAUUUCAUAAUAACUGUGUAGUGUAUAAUUUUAAUUUUAAUCCAGGUUUGGGAACCACUGAAGAGAAAUUUUGGACGAGUCAUUGCAGCCGAUAUGCUGGGCUUAGGGUUUAGUGAUAAACCGGUGGGUAUAGCUGCUGUUUCAGUUCAAAAUUAAAUUCAGGCUAAAAUUUUUUAACCUAUUAUGAGUCUUAAUUUCCUUUGUCUCCUAGCCCUAAUUCAUGGAAAUUAUGGCUGGGAGACAAAGGAACCUGAGAAUCAAGCUAGGUUAAAAUUUCAGCAAGCAAAGAAAGUAGUGUCUAAUAGCUUGGGGCUAGUGGAUAUAUUGCUGAUGGGCUAGUGAAUUCUGUUCUUAACUAGCCCAACUGAAGUUUUUUUGGGAAUUCAAAUAACAGAUUACCAAUUUUUAUGAGAACUGUAAUAUUAAUCCUGCUCAUCCCCAAAAAACUUUUUUGGGGGACUAUAGUUAUAAUGACUUUUGGGCUAGUCCGUCCUAGCUACAGCUUGCCAAAUUUAAUUUUGACCUGUAACAUAUAAAUAGCCAUGUGUUAUGCCGUAUAGGGGUAUUAAACUUAUCUGGUCUCACCUCCACCUUCUGUCCCCUCUAGCAUUUGAAAGUUUUAUUUUUGUAUCGUUCCUAGCCUGUUUUCAGGCCCCACUGUUCGUUGCUCUCAUCGGCCAUGUCUUAAAGUGCAAGAAAACUUGGAACUUUAAUAGGUUCUUCAUAUUAGACACAAUUAUUUCAGCGUAGUGUUCAUAAUUGAAGAAUUAUGGAAAUCAAGCAGGGUGUAACAGGGUAACACCCUCCAAGAUCUCCAUAAUUCUUCAGAUGAUACGAAAGCUGAAUUCAACAACUGUUAUAUUAUUCAUUCAAAAUAAUUCCUAGUUUAAAAAAAAAGCUAAAACAUGCUUACCUCCAUCGAUGUUAAGUUCAUCUUCGAUAGUGCAUGUUUAUUGGCAAGUUUAGGAGAUAAAGGGUUGUUCAGUUCUGCAAAUAUUCUCCAAACAGCAGAUGUCCUCCAGCGAGUUGUCUUCUGGCUGUUCUUGCUAUGUUUUUAACCAACAGUUCUUCCUCAUGAAACAAGUGAAAUGUUCCGCCAUUUUGUAUUCACUACCAAAUUAACUCAACCUCAUCUCCAGGUCUUCUUGGUAAACCAUUCAAUAAUCUGGCAAUUUUGCUGCAUGAUUGAUGUCAGCAGUUCACAGUAGCUGGUAAUUAUGAAUUAUGCAUGGGAUGGAGCGCGGAUUUUAGCCAAUCAGAAAUGGAGAGAUCCUUUGAAUGAAUAAUCAUUAUUAUACUACUACAUGAGAAAUUACUGCAAUUUGAUUGGCUUAGAGCAGUGGUAUUUCAGCUUAAUUUGAAAUACCUACAUGUGAAAAUUACAAACCUUUUGUGGGUAGUAGUAUAAACAAAUAAUAGCAUGAUUUGUAUGUGACAUUUGGCAUAAAUACCACUCGUGAUAUUUCAAAAUUGUCUCAAAUUUUAUUUGCCUAACGGCUCGUGAAAUUACAUGUAGCAAUUUAAAAUAUCACUCGUGGCAUUUAAUAUACCAAACAUCACUACAAAUCAUGCUAUUACCUAUACUUAAAAUUAUUAUGAUGUCAUAUAGACAGAAUUGCUUGCAUUUAAGAGAGGAUAAGGGAUCUAGGGGACACUUUAAUUCGUGAUGUCUACCAUAACGGAACAGCAUGAAUCUCAUUAACUGAAUGAAUGAGCCCUAAUAAGCUCUGAGUCAAUAGCCCAUGAGGCCGAGGCCAAAUGGGCUAUUGACUCAGAGGCCAUGAGGGUGAGAGGAAUAAUUGUUUUAGUCAAAUCCAACCAGUUCGUCAAGAAUAUUUUAGCUAGUUAAAGCUAGACUUUAAUCCUCGUUUGCUGCCAAAAAGCCGGCGCUUUUCGCUACUAGUAGGCUAUAACAUAUAGCCUAGUAGUAGCUCAACCAGUCAGAAUGCAGCAUUGAUAAUAGACCACCAGCUGGAUUUGACUAAAUAUAUAUAUUUCGUGAAUAUAUAAUUAUAAUAUCUCACUUGGUUGCAAUUUCGUUGAAAUUCACACAGUCUAUUGUUGUGCAUUCUAUGUUAUCCAGCGUGGCAGAGAUUACACAGUAAUGGAACAAGCCACAUUGCAGGAAGAAUUUGUGCGGUAUCUUGGAAUACAUAAGGUUCAUAUUUUAGCGCAUGACCUGGGUGACACAGUUGCUCUUGAAAUGUUGGCAAGGUAAUUUCUGGGAUGUUCUUUGAAUUAUAUUGUUCAAUGUUCUCAAUUUAAUCUCCUUGGUCAGGGAAGAAAAAUGUUCAGCUCUGUCUCAAUCUGACUCUUGUGGGACAUAAAAAAGCCACUAAGGAUAUGUUACAAUCUCUGUUAGUGACCACUCUUAGUGUCCAUAGAUUGUAGAAUUGGGUGGUGGAAAGGUUUAUAUUCAUGAGAGGUGAAAUAAAAAAUGUACAAAUAUUAUUUUAAUGUAACAUGUAGAGCAGUUAUUCUUGAUUAACUACCGGUCAGCAUUGUGCUGUAUAGGUAUGUUGGGUAUUCCUUUUUGCCAUGCCUCAUCUGCACAGCCUCCCCUAACUAUUAGCAGGGGUUUCAAUAAAAAUUGAAGUAGCUAGCAGGUUUGAAAAGAGUAUCCAACUGUAUCAAUGUUCAAGGAGUGUCUGGGGGCGUACUUCUCCAGAGUAUUUUGAAAUUUCAGAGCCCUAGAAUGUGAUUUUCAGUGUUCUGAGUACAAAAUUGAGGACAAAAGAGUGUGUUUUUCAUUCAAAAAUAUGUAGCUUUCAUUUAAGGUUUGAUUUAUCGGUGACACAAUCAAUUCCUACAACCCAUGAACGAAUGAUGAAAACUAAAUUACGUUAACUUUGCUCGUAAACAAAUUCUGCAUAAAUCUAUAAACUUGAAAUAUAGCGUUCACAUGACUAAAGCAUAAAACCAGUUAAUUCAGAUUUUAUGAUCUUUUUUAUUUAUGACAUUAUUUCUUUCUAGAAAAAAGUAGCCGACUUCUCUGUGCAAAGUAGCCUAUGCCAUGGUUUGCACUACUACAGAAAUUCCUGGAAAACUCCUGGAGUUUUGAAAUUUUUUUCCAGGGCCCUGGAAAACUCCUUUAAAAUUCAAUUUUGGCAUCAACUCCUGGAAAACUCCUUGAAUUUAUCUAUGAAUCUUAGGAUUAAAAAAAUACUUUUUUGGACUGUUUUUUUUUUUUGUAAGUAACUUGUUUAGUGAAAUUUACAACUUUGGGGUCCUGGAUUUUUUUGUUUAUACCCUGGAAAACUCCUGGAAAUCUCCUGGAAUUUCAUAAUCUAGAGGUAGCUAUAGUACGAACCCUGCUACACGUUGUGUGCUUGAAAGCCCUGUAUGAGAUAAAUUUAUAAUAGAGGGCUAAGAGGAGUUCUUUCCUAAGAGGAGUUCUUUGCCAUAAUAAAAUUCUUAAGAUCUGUGGCUCUGUCAAUACCAAGUGUGCCCAUCCCCUUCAUCUCCACAACUUCGCAAGAUGUCCUUUUAAAUGUUUGACAACCCUGGUAACUUGCAGACGUUUUUAAUUGUUUUCCCGGCUCAUGGAAGUUCAUCCAUUUGCAGAUAUGAGGAAAGAAAGGCAAAAAAGCAGGACACAGCAGAAAAUGAACUGCAAAUAGAAUCAUUGUGUUUAACUAAUGGAGGUAAUCAUUGUUUCAACAAGGUUAGACAGCUGGUAUUUUUAGUGUAUUAUUUAGCAUGGAAAAUAGAUCAGAAAGGAAAGAGUUCAUAAAUACAAGAUUAUUGCUUCAAAAAGCAUUUACUGCUGUAGAUAACAUCAAAGUCAUUGAGGAUGUGUGUGGCCGUUCUUUGACUUUAGUGAUCCCAUUCUGAUCAAUGAUCAAUAUUCUAUAUCUUCUCAUGUUUUAAUUUCCUUUUUUUGUUAACUUGGUGAUUUUCAGUUUUAAGUUUUGUCAUGCUAAGAGUCAGAGAAGGAACUGAGGGCUGGUGACCUAUCCAAGGCACGGUCCGGCACUGACGAGCACCCCAGGUCUUGCUGGUCUAUGGAAAUACAUGCAUUAUCCAGACUUUUACUUUUAAAUUAAUAAAAUAUUAAUCUGAGCUAACACUUUCAUUAUCUAAUGUAACUUCAGGGAUUUUUCCAGAGACAAACUUUCCUAUGGUCAUUCAAAAGGUAAACAUUCUGCUAAUUCAAAGAAUGCACUAUAAUGUUAUUAUCAAUGUAUGACUGUUAUAUAUUAUGCUAGUGGAUAUAUGUUUCUAAUGUCAUACUGGCUGAUAGACAAAUUAUUUUUGAUAAUAAUUGAGUAUUUGAAUUCUUUAUAAAGUUGCCUGUAUAUUUGAUUGUACUUGCAUGUAACAUCAGGAUGUAACAUGUAAUGCACAUGUAUGUUAUGAUACAGUAGAACCUGAUAACUUGUUCUCUUCAUACUCUCUGCUAACCCGAACUCAAUCCAUUUUCCCUUGGAUUUGAACCCACUUUUCCAUCCUUUUCUGUUUACUCAAACUCAGAUAACUUGAAUUCCAGACUUUCUGCUAACUCAACUAAAUCUAUCGAUCUUGUUCCCACCAAAAUUUACUUUGUUAUAACUCAAAUCCAACUCACCACAGAUGCCAUCCCAUUUGCUCUUGUUGUGUAAUCAGUAAAACACUAAAACUAAUACUGCUGCAGUGAUUUGGUUUUGAUAUAAGAAAUGUACUGAACAGAUCAUAUAAUUAACAGUUAUUUCCCUGUAUUAUUAUAAGGAUGUAUAAUUGUGUUACACUUUACAUACUAAUAACAAACAGUAUGAAACUAUUGUUAUCUUAAAUAUAGCUAAUUGAAUAUUUGAUCAACUCCAAUAACUUGAAUCCCUGUGACCUGAAUCUGAUUUUCAUUCAAGUUACCAAGUUUCUACACUGUAAAUUUAUGUAUAGCUUCCUUAGGUGAUUCUUAAGUUAUGUUUACUUUAUCCUCUCUUGUUACAGUUGUCAGCAAAUUCUUGGAUAGGUCCACUACUUGUAAGGCUGGCAAGCUAUCCAUUAUUUGCACGAAGGUAACAAAAUACGUCAUCUGCAUUUAUCCAUGUAACCAGUCAUGUAGAUAUCAUAAAUUAUAGUGAUUUAAACUCUCUUUUACACGUUCAUUAAGUAUUAUUUACUGUGCUAUGCUGAUCUUGAUUGAUUCAGUUUGCUACCUAGCUUCAGAUUUGCUGCCUUCACUUCCCUCCAGAUUACUGACAGAAUAACCUUUAAUAUUAUUCAUUUGAUGUUUUGUGUUUUUGAAGUCUUGCGUCAGUAUUUGGUCCCCAAACAAGACCUUCAAGGGAAGAACUACAGGACUUUUGGACAAUUGCAAGACAUAAAGAUGGCUAUCUUGUUGCACCAAGGUUAUACAAAUGUACUUCUUUCUGAAGAUUAUUUUUAUAAGGAAAUGAUGUCAUGAACAGACCCAUCCAUGCUUUUGAUAGAGCAAACACAAAAUUUAAAUUCCCACUACUAUGUACUAUUUUGGGGUACAGAAACUGAGCUGCCGAUUGGACUUAAUUUAAUAUUUUCUUUUCACCUUUGGGUUUUCUUUGGCAGGAAAAUGUAGAGGCCAUGGAUUUUUCAAACCAGAUGACCAUUUUGGUCAGAUAACAUACUGACUAUAUUUCUUGUUAAUUUCUAUGAUUAUAAAAGCAAAAUUUGUCAUCUCAAGAAUGUUAGUCUUUGUAUUUGAUCUGUGUGGUUUAAUAUCAUCAAGCAUUGACAAUGACCAGCUGUUAGUCACUGUAAUGCUUAAUGGUACCAUUUUGCAUUCAAUAGAGAAUACAUAUACACCUAGAGGUGUAGUAAACCUAUAAAUAAUAUUAAUUGUUUCAUGAAGUAAGUUUUUGGUUUUUUUGACAGCUGUGAAUCAGCUUCUUAAGUACAAAUUUUACCUGACGUGCCCAUUUCUGAGCACUGUUAUUCCUGACAUUUAAUUCAAGCAUAUUGUGAUGUGAGACACUAUAAAAGGUACUGAAAUGUGGCACUGUGUUUAAGUAUUUUGCAGUACAUGAGUCAGCGGCAUGAAAACAGAGGUAGAUGGGUAGGGGUUAUGCAAACAACUUCAGUACCAGGUAAGGAACAGCUAAGAAAAUGCAUAAAUAAAAUAAAAACCGUUGAAAAAGGAAGCAGCUUAGGUGACGUACAAACUUGGACACUGAAAGCUGCUUGACGUACAUUCUUAGUGCUGUUCAUGAUCAAUGUCCAUUACUUAUUAUUUAGUAUACACUAUUAGUACUUCUAGCUUCAAUAUAAAUCUGACAGGUCUCCAAAGCUGGCUUUAAUAUGUCAUAAGCAUAAGCUACCUCAUACAACCGGCACUCAAUUACACAAUGUAUUAUUUCAGCAUGUUCUGUUAAAUUUUACAUUUUGUAAGAUAUGAGCCUGUAGGUAAAAUGGCCAUAAUGUCUCUCCCAUGAGGCAAAUAAUAUUGUUAAUGUUCUAUUUCUUGUUCGUGUUUCAGAACAAUAAGUUGGUACAUGUACAUGUAGCUAAUGCCUCCUCUACCAUUUUUCACUGAUAGUCUAGUGUGUCAGUCCCUUGGAGUUGAACAUACAUGAUUGACAUUAUAAUCAUUAUAAAUUCAUCUUGCCAGGAAAUCCUGAGUUCACAUUUAAUGUUCUCUUCUUAUGAAGUCAAAUCAUGGACAAAAUGUUUGACUCGUGGUUUCGUUUUGUCGUUUCUUUGUGACACUUCUUAAACUGCAGUUGCAAACAUUAUGCAUUUAUACCUGCCAACUUUUUCUGAGAUAUAAGCGUGAGAUUUUUAUCCUGGGAGUGCUGAGAUUUUUGAAGAUGACACGAUCAUUUCCGAAGAAGUCUGAAGUCUUCCGAAGAUGUCCGAAGUCUGCCGAAGGCGAAGUUUUCACUUGCUUUUCACUUCAAAAAUCAGAGAUCGUGAGGAAGGUAUUGUCAUUUAUUCAUUUUACACAUGGUUUUCGUUCCUUACAUGGGUCUGAGUGAACAUAUUUUUGGAAAUUGUGUCAAGCAAGAGGGCAACAACGCACAUUUUUCAAUCAGGCGUGAGAAAUUGUCCCACAAGCGUGAGCCAACGUGAGAUCGAAGUUUUCAACCCACAGGCGUGAGACUCACGCCUAAGGCGUGGGAGUUGGCAGGUGUAUGCAUUAAGCAAUAAAAGAAUAAUUAUAAUCAGCCACAACUGAAAUUGAAAAGUGCUGUUCUGAAUACUUUGCAGUCGUCUGUCAUCAGAAACACUAAUGCUGGGAUUUUUAUAAAUUGCAAUAGUUCUUACUCAUCACAAAGAUGUGAGCAAAAAUACUGAGUUCUUGUCAGCCACAUUUUUAGUUUCCAGGAUCAUGCAUUAUCCCCUUGCUAGGGUGUGAGUUUCGCUUGAUAUUAUGAGAUAGUGAAGCAAUCCAAUUGCUUUAAAACACCAUUACACCACUGAGUGCAUUAUGUAUUAAUUAACGUUAUCUCUUCUCUCGUUUUUCUGCUUCUGCUGAGUGCGCAGUCCUAUUGAUACAUACUUCCAUUCUUCAAGCGUGUGCCUUCCUUUACUAAAACCAAAGAAUGUAAUAACUUUGUAUUGGCUUCAUUUACAGUGCACUUAAUUUAUGGCCCUGCUGAUCCCAUUAACCCUCCAAUAACACUGGCCAAAUAUAGGUAAGCCAUUUAGAGUGAUGUUCUUAAUUUAAUUUUACCUCUUGGAGAUCUGUUCAUAGGUUGUGCAAUGUUUGCAGCACUUUUAAAAGGAGAAAAGUCUGAUCCCCUAAAUUAUUGACCAAUUUUGCUGACCUUCUUUGCUUGCAAGAUUUGUGAACAUUUAUAUUGUACAUAGUCAUGCUAUGAAAUACUUGGAAUGCUAAGUGACGUAGUACAGAUUACCAUCAUGGUUUCAGGGUAAAGAGAUCUAUGGUGCUUCAACUAGUUCUCACCUACUAUGAUACAGUUAAUGCAAUACAACAAAACCAAGUAGUACACAUGCCACAGUUUUGUACUUCAUGAAAGCAUUCAAUAAAACACCAGCAAUUCCUUAAGAAACUAGCAGGGUUUGUAAAGUGUCUUGAAUUCUUGAAAAAGUCGCAAUUUUCCAGACCUGGAAAAAGUCUGGAAAAUAGCGUGAAUGUCUGGAAGAAUGGUAAAAAGUCUUAAAUGAUUUUUUUAAAGUUACAACAAGUGCUUUAUAAGUGGAAUUUUUUUUUGUUUUGGUCAAAUCUUAUUCAAUAUUAAAGGUCUCUAUUGAUCACCUAUUUGAUAACCUUGAGUCUGGAAAAAGAAAGUAUUGUUUUGGGAAAAAGUCUUGAACUUUGGAUCCAAAAAUCUGUAGGAAUCCUGAACUAGAGUAUUAUGGAAUCCUUGGUUCCCUGCUCUCCUAGAAAGAAUCUUUUUUACAGAGCUGCAUCAAAUCAAAAAGAGUUAUUUGCAAAGAAGGGACAUCUAAUUCCUCCCCUAUUUCCUCUGGGAACCCUGUUUCUUGAUGUACUCAAACUUAACUUGCCUGAUAGUCUGCAGUCCAAAGUACUGACCAGUAAAUUUGUUUGCAGAUGAUGCACUAUUAUAUGGUAUUAUACCAAUUUUUAUUAAAAAAAAAAAAAAAUUAAAACUGUACAAGAAGAUCUUCACAGUUUAGAAUGGUGGCAACAUCAUUAGUCACGGCAAAUAGUAUGUUAGAAUGGUUUCAGCAUCUCUCAUCAAUCUCAAGGAAUGUAUUCCCCCAAGAAGGUUAAGGAAACUGCAUAUUAUUAUGUUUCCUGGCAUUGUUCGUCCCAAAUUGAAAUAUGAGAGCGUCUCUUGGGACCCAUCCUAUAAGAAAGACAUUAACAGGCUUUAAAAGGUCCAAAGAAAUUAAGUAGCAUGGUUUUGCCUCCAAAAUUGCAACCUGACACAGCCAAUGUAAUGAAUUAGGAUGGGAUCUUGUGGAUAUCAAAAAAGAGGAAAUAUUAUUUUAGUAAUUAAGAAAUAUGCAUACAAGUCAUGCAUUUAGCAUAGAAAACCUAAAGUUAGCAAGGUCGUUUCUAAGUUUACCUUUUAUCCUCAAAGCAUAAGUGAACGAACUUUACCUUCAGAGAUCAUUCUAGCUCUUUUAUACACUACUAGCUGCCUUAGGUAAAUACAUUAAAUAGUAUAUUAAUGCAGUGGAAAUGAAUAUGACUUUAUAAACUACUCAGGCCUGCUUUCUCGAAAAACUAAUUAGCAUUUUGUUUAUAAGUUGAAAGCCAUUUUAGAACUUUUUUUCUGCAAGGGCUCCACUGGGACACUAGUAAAAGUUUUUGCUACCCCAAUGACAUCAUGGUGCAAAAAUACAUUUCUCUAUUUUUUCUUCACAUUUGUCAACAGGGAACUAGUUGUCAAAGGGACCUUUACAUCACUUAAAGAUGAUAUUGGGCACUAUCCCCACUGGGAGGAUCCUGAUGGAUUUAUGGCUGCAUAUCAACACUUUCUUAGCAAAUUCAUGCAAGAAAAGUAAUAUUUAACCACUUACCCAGUAUGAAAAGUAUAUUUUUGUAAUAGAUUCAAAAGGUAGGGCCAUUUUUUUUUUUUGAAAUUGUUGUCUGCUAUAUGAAGGUGCUGGUUAGUCUUAUUAUAGUGUACACAGUAAAUAAUUACUUGAACCUCUAAAGCUCGAAAAACUAUGAACAUCAGAAAUAUUUCUUGCACAUUUUAGUGUUGUAAGGAAGAAGUCAAUCAGGUUUGAGAAAACUAAACUGCAGCGAGUCCUGAGCUUUAUUGUGGUUGGCCAUUGCACACAACUAACACUCCUAAAACAUUUCAAUGUUCACAGUUUUAUGAGUUUGACCUAACUGGUAAACAAAACAGCUGCUUUGGUCAUCUGAAAAGUUAUUGAAUAAAAUAAUUAUGUUGACUUUUCAUGAGCCCAUGUGAAUAACAGUAAGUUUAUUGGUAAUUAAUGUAGUUGUAACCAGGCAUGAAGUACCAUAAAAUUCUGAAAAAUAUAAACCCUGGGGCUUAUAUUUUUCAAAGGCCCUUUUUGAGGGGCUUAUAUGUGGAGUGACUUUAAUAUGUACAGAGGGAAAUUUGCAUUUCAAAAUUGAUUGGGCUAGCUUGUAGUGGGAGGGAAAUUUACCAUUUUUGCUUGGUUUUACUUUGUAUUCGAGGGCAAAUUCCAAGUACUAGCCACCGGGGGGGCUUAUAUUCGGAGGGAUGAUGUAACAGGGUUUUUUGCAUUACGAUUUUUGGGGGGCUUAUUUUCGGA